UUUCUCUCCCAGGAUAUAUAGAGCGGCAGAGUGUAACAGUGACGCUACUCUACAGGACACACAACUCAGAGGAGAAACCCUGCAAAUCUGUGCCAGGCUUUUUUACAGGCUGCUUUUGGAGACAGACAGGAUGUGGGUGACUAACAUCGCAGCUCUGUGUCUGCUGGCCCUGCUGGCCUCUGCAGAGGAGAAGAAGCUGAGCAACCAUGCCACCACGCUGGCUGAGAACAGCGCCAACUUGGCUUUCAGCCUCUACCACAACAUGGCAAAGGAGAAGGACACAGAGAACAUCAUCAUCUCCCCCGUGGUGGUUGCCUCCUCUCUGGGUAUGGUGGCCCUUGGUGGCAAGGCCUCCACUGCCUCUCAGGUCAAAACUGUCCUCAGUGCUGACAACCUGCAAGAUGAUCAUCUGCAUGCAGGCCUGUCAGAGCUGCUGACUGAGGUGAGCGAUGCCAAAAAACGGAACACUACCUGGAAAAUCAGCAACCGCCUCUAUGGCCCCAGCUCCGUCUCUUUCGUUGAUGACUUUGUCAAGAACAGCAAGAAGCACUACAACUACGACCACUCAAAAAUUAACUUCAGGGACAAGAGGAGUGCGGUGAACUCCAUCAACGAAUGGGCAGCCAAGUCAACAGAUGGCAAACUGCCUGAGGUCACCAAGGAUGUGCAGAACGCAGAUGGUGCCAUGAUUGUCAACGCCAUGUUCUUCAAGCCUCACUGGGACGAGAAAUUCCACGAGAAAAUGGUGGACAACCGUGGUUUCCUGGUUACCCGCUCAUUCACUGUUGGAGUUGCCAUGAUGCAUCGCACAGGUCUGUACGACUUCCAUGAGGACACAGAGAACCGUAUCUUUGUGCUGAACAUGCCCUUGGGCCAGAAGCAGGCCUCUAUGAUCCUUAUCAUGCCCUACCACCUGGAGCCCCUGGCCCGCUUGGAGAAACUCCUGACCAAGAAACAGGUUGACACCUGGCUCAGCAAAAUGGAGAAAAAGGCUGUGGCCAUCUCCCUCCCCAAGAUCAGCAUGGAAGUGAGCCACAACCUCCAGAAACAUCUGGCUGACCUUGGCCUGACUGAGGCUGUGGACAAAGCCAAGGCUGACCUGUCCAAGAUCUCUGGAAAGAAGGACCUCUACCUCUCCAAUGUCCUCCACGCCUCUGCCCUAGAGCUGGACACUGAGGGGAACCCCUACGAUUCCAGCAUCUUUGGCACCGACCAGCUGAGGAACCCCAAGCUUUUCUAUGUAGAUCACCCCUUCAUUUUCCUGGUUAAAGACAACAAGACCAACUCCAUCCUCUACAUUGGCAGAGUGGUUCGGCCCAAAGGAGAGAAGAUGCGCGAUGAGCUAUAAUAUUGGCACUGGUGCUGUGGGUUGUGAUGGGUAGUUUUGUUACAAGUGAGAUCAUGGCAGGAAAAGAUGCAUAUGUUUUGGUAUGACUGUUACCUCAAGAGCACAUUCCAAUAGGCAAUCUGUGGACUGAAUAUCUGAGCUUACUGGUUUUAAAAAUGUUAAAUCCUCCCAGGGAACAAUUGUGUAUUGGUUUUACCGAAUGCUGUUUGAUCUAUUUAAAACCCCUUUGGAUCCAGUAAUAUUCCCAAUAACACAUAAAGACACCAUUACGUGCCUUAUAUUAAAUUUCCAGAAGCAAACUGCAGUUGGCAGGGCAGACAGCAUGCUUAUAUUAAGUAUGAUCUUUGUUUUUUUCUCUUUACAUCCUGGUGUUGGCCAGUGUUGGCCAGUAUUGGUCAGACUGUGAUCCAUGUGCGUUCUCUUGCAUUAUCUUUAACGUUUAAAGAAACAAAGAUCUUUGCACAAGCUUGUUUUCUGGUUCUAUAGUUUCACUCUCUUCCUCAGGCGCUCAGUUUUUUUUUUGCUUCCCAUCUGCACUGAAUUGUUCCUCUGCAUUAGCUGACCUGGCAGUGGAAAGGUAACAAAUGGUGCCUG